AUGAGUCUCGCGAUGCGUCGGGCUUCUAUCUUCGCGCUUCUUGCGCUUUCAUGGAGCGCCGCCGUCAGCGCGGCCUCGAGCGCCGGUGAUUACUUUGUGCGAUCACUUCCUGGCGCGCCUCCAGGGCCAUUAGUAAAAAUGCAUGCUGGUCAUAUAGAAGUCUCCCCCGAAAAGAACGGCAACCUUUUCUUCUGGCACUUUCAAAAUAAACACAUAGCCAAUAGGCAAAGGACAGUAAUCUGGCUCAAUGGAGGCCCCGGUUGCAGCUCAGAAGACGGCGCUCUCAUGGAGGUCGGCCCCUACCGACUCAAAGACGACCACACACUUGUGCAUAAUGAGGGAUCGUGGCACGAGUUUGCAAACGUCAUGUUCGUCGACAACCCAGUCGGCACCGGCUUCAGCUACGUCAACACUGAUAGUUACGUGACCGAGUUGGACGAAAUGGCCGAUCAGUUCAUCAUCUUUCUGGAGAAGUUCUUUGAGCUGUUUCCAGAAUAUUCACAAGACGACAUCUACAUCGCAGGAGAAUCCUUCGCUGGGCAACACAUCCCAUACAUCGCCAAACACAUACUCGACCGCAACAAGAACUCCAUGACCAAGAUCAAAUGGAACCUAAAAGGUCUCCUAAUUGGUAAUGGAUGGAUCGCACCAAACGAGCAGUACCGAGCGUAUCUGGACUUUUCCUACGCAAAGGGCCUCGUUGACAAGAACUCGGAAUUGGCGAAAACCCUUGAGUCACAGCAGGCAGACUGCGUGAAGGAGUGGGAGGCCAAUGGACCCAAGGUUGAUGUUCCAAAAUGCGAGAGCGUUCUGCAAAACCUUCUCAAGCUCAGCUCCAAAGUCGAGGCUGACGGCAAGAGGCAUUGUGUCAACAUGUAUGAUGUCCGCCUGCGGGACACUUACCCGAGCUGUGGAAUGAACUGGCCGCCGGAUUUGGCCAGCGUGACCCCGUACCUUAGGAGGAAGGACGUCGUCGAAGCUCUACAUGUCAACCCGAAUAAGGCCAGUGGUUGGACGGAGUGCACUGGUGCAGUCGGACAGAGCUUCAAGGCUCAGAAAUCGAAGCCCUCUAUUGAUUUGCUGCCAAAGAUCCUGGAGGAGGUCCCCAUUCUGCUCUUCUCGGGAGCUGAGGAUCUGAUUUGUAACCACAUAGGAACUGAAGCGUUCAUCGGGAAAAUGACAUGGAACGGUGGCAAGGGUUUCGAGGUCACCCCUGGGACUUGGGCACCGCGGCGCGACUGGACUUUUGAGGGCAAGGAUGCAGGCUUCUGGCAGGAGGCGCGAAACCUGACCUACGUACUCUUCAAGGAGUCGUCGCACAUGGUUCCAUUUGACUUCCCCCGGCGCUCGCGCGACAUGCUGGACCGGUUCAUGGGCGUUGACAUCAGUAGCAUUGGCGGGAAUCCCACCGACAGCCGACUUGACGGCGAGAAGCUUCCCGAGACAACGGUCGGCGGAGCGGCCGGCAACUCGACUUCCAAACAGGAGGAGGAGAAGAAGAAGCUUGAUGAGGCCAAGUGGUACGCCUACCGCAAGUCGGGAGAGGUCGUCCUCGUCAUCGUUGCCGUUGCAGCCGCGGCCUGGGGAUGGUACAUCUGGCGCGACCGCCGCCGGAGACGGGGCUACCAGGGCAUCUUUGGCGUCUCGCCCAGCGAGUCUACAACGCGCCUCCCAGGACUCGGCUCGCGGAUUACUUCCAGCGGAUCCGGCCUGGAGGGUUUCAGGUCCAAGCGCCAAAACGGUCGGGAUGUGGAGGCUGGCGACUUCGACGAGAGCGAACUCGAUGACCUGCACACGCAGACUCCAACCGACGCAAGGUACAGCGUCGGCGCCGAUAGCGAUGAUGAGGAAGAUGCCAGCGGCUCGCGCAAGGAGGGCGGCCCUAGUGGCAAUAAGGGAAGAUAA